CGAUUGACUGAGUAUCUGCAUCACUUUCCCCUAAAGGCGGUCGCUGUGCUCGGACCCUGUUAGACCAAACCAUGCGCUCGCCACCGUGACGGCAGGUCCACGAUGACGGAGAUCCGACCCGGAGACCAAAUCGCCUUUGGCGAGGGAAAUGGAAAGCAAGGGGCUUAUGAGAGGCCAGUGGAACACAGCGCUGAACAAGAACUUGGACACGGUCUGACGAAAAGCGCAGCAGGGUCCCGAGGAAAAGUGGUGCACGUCCUGGGUGCACAAGAGCUGCCUUUGGGCCCUUCGGCCGGCACUGGCAUCUCGGCCAUGGCGCAGCACCUGAGCGAUGACAAGACGCUGCUGCUCGUGGGUGUCAACUCGGACCAGUGCGUCAUUGGCUCGCCUGUGAAGACCAACGCGCUCGGUUACGACUGCAUCCUCGUCGAAAAUGCUGCGCGAGGAGGCCAGCCUACUGUCAGCAGAUGGUCGUAUUUAACGCGGCGCGAUCUUGGUUCAUAA